AUGGGAAACUUCACUUCUACCAGUUGCUUCAAGGAUUGGAGGCUUAAUAAUAACACGGCCAAAGUGAUCUAUGCUCAAGGGAACCUGAGGAAAGUGAAGCUAACGGCAAAGGCAGCGGAGCUCAUGCUUGAUGAACCCGGUCACAUCGUCUCUCCCUUGGAAGAGCUGAAACGAACUCGCCGAGUGGUCGCUAUGCGAGCCGACGAUGAACUGUUGGCGGGUAAAGUUUACGUUUUGGUUCCUAUGCAAAGGGUGAAUUGCAGAGUUACGGAUACGGAUAUGGCAAUAAUAGAAGCAGCUUGCAGUGGAAAGAAGAGGAGAAAAAGUGGCGGUGCUAGGGUUUUGCCUGAUGUGGCGGCGGAGGAAGAGGAAGAGAGCCGAGUUGAUCGGGAUCUUUCCGUCCAUGGUUGCCGGAAGGGUAGUUGUAGGCCGUGGACUCCUGCUUUGAAACCAAUUUCUGAAGUUCUCUGA